AUGGGCGAAUUCGAGCCUACGCAAGUUCACGCCAUUGACCGAUCAUCUUUCGAGGACCGCGAGCACAGCCAUGAGUCGCUGUCACACGAGAAGGGUGGCAACACUCGCGAUGAGGUCGACAUGUCGCGGAUGGGCAAGAAGCAAGAGCUGCGCCGUACCUUCAAAUUUGUCUCCAUCGUGGGCUUUGUAACGAUUCUACAAGCUACCUGGGAGAAUGUGCUACUUGCCAAUUGGUUUGGUCUGUACAACGGUGGAACUGCAGGUGUCAUUUGGUGCACCAUUGCUGUAUGGUUGUUGAUGCUCUGCAUGAUCGCGUCACUGCAAGUCUCGCCUUCUGCCGAGAUGGCAUCAAUGGCUCCCACUUCAGGAGGACAAUAUCACUGGGUGUCUGAGUUUGCUCCACAUAAUGUGCAGAAACCGCUAUCAUAUAUCGUUGGAUGGUGUUGCUGCCUUGGCUGGAUUGCUGGAGUGCCUUCAUGCUGCGUUCAACUCGCGGGCAUGGUCCAAGGUCUUAUUCUUCUCGUCAAUCCCAAUGCGAACGUCGGUGAGCUCUGGCAGGCGACACUGUUGCUUUACUGCUUUGUGUUGAUGGCCGUCGGCUUCAACAUCUUCUGCGCUCAACAUUUGCCAUUGGCAGAAGGCGUACUCCUAUGCGUACACGUCUUUGGCUUCUUCGUCUUCCUGCUCACCUUCUGGAUCAUGGCAGAUCAUGCCCCCGCUUCAAAGGUCUUUACCGAGUUCAACGAUGGCGGAGGCUGGGGCAGUCAAGGCCUCUCCUGCUUGGUCGGACUAUCCACGCCAGUGUGGUGCUUCAUCGGUCCGGACGCUGGCGCCCAUAUGUCAGAGGAGCUGAAAGACUCGUCGCUGCAACUGCCGAAAGCGAUGAUGUGGGCCACAGUACUGAAUGGUGUUCUCGGAAUCACGAUGCUGAUCACAUUCUGCUUUUGCAUCACGGAUCUACCAACCCUCCUUGAGAGUGACUCUUCAUUCCCGAUUGUGCAGGUCCUUCAGAACGCCACGGGCUCCGUUGCUGCGUCUUGCGUUCUCGGAGCCCUGCUGGUCGUACUGAUCUUCUUCUCCACGGUCACAACGGUGGCCAGUGCCUCGAGACAGAUCUGGGCCUUCAGCAGAGAUCAGGGCUUUCCUUUCUCGUCCUGGAUUCGUGUCGUGGCGCCAAAGUAUGAAAUUCCGGUCAAUGCUCUUCUGGUCUGCCUUGGAGUAUCUUUGAUCAUCUCCGCGAUCAACUUCGGAUCCGAUGUAGCCUUCAACGCCGUCGUCGGAGUAUCCAACGCCGCGCUGAGCUUCAGCUACAUCGUCUCCAUUGGCUGCAUACGACUCAAGCGCUUCCGUGGAGAACCGCUGCUGCCUGCACGUUGGUCGCUGGGCAGAUAUGGUGCUCUCAUCAACGACAUCAGCCUGGCUUUCCUGGCUGUGGUCUUUGUCUUCUCGUUCUUCCCGACAGAUCCGUUGAGCGGGGCGAAAUCAUGGGCGCAGGACUUCAACUGGGCCAUCGUCAUAUUGGGAGCGACGUGUCUAUUGGCGUCGGCAUACUACGCUUUGCAGGGUCGGCGACUAUAUGUUGCACCGGUGUCACUGGUCAAGAACGAGUGA